AUGAGGCAGUGCCUGGACCACCAACAUUCACCAGAUGCCAUUGCCUCCAUCGUCAAUAGAAGUUAUAAUCGAUCGCGGAAGCGCCGGUGAUUCCGUUAGUUUAAGCUUAUUCAUCAUCACACAAUUUUGGCCUUGUGACGGCCUAAACGUUCUUGCCUGAAAGGUGGAGACUCUCACCGAUCGUACUGACGGAACUCACUCGUUCCUCUGUGCAUUACGGGCUCUCCCUUGAACCCGACCAUCAGCCGCACAGCGGUGCAUGAUAUAAGCAGUAUGUUUGGAUUGUCUUAAUUUUCACACUGAAUAAUUAACCUGAGAGGGGAACUUUAUCUAUUUUCCGAUAGAGCCAAGUGUAUGUUAUUACCGUCAAAGACAACGGAGACUGGAAUGGCCAGUUCUGGUUUAUUAGCCGUCGUAAGCCAGUCAUACCAACCCCGAACUGCUGAACACCCGAGGCUCGAACUCGCGACCUGUUAGUGAGAAAUCCACGCCUGCAACCACUGGGCCACGUGCCCGUUGCCCUGUCGGUUUCGAUCGGGAAUAUACAAUGGUAGAGGAGGGCGCUCUCCAGUCUUCCCUGUCUUUGUCGGUAAUAACAUACUACCCUGCUUGCAUGGCUGAUCAUGUCCUACAUAUUAAAGCGCGCAUAAUUCAAACUGAAGGUCAUAUGGCUGCUGGGUGGAAACUACUAGAUUAGGUUCACCGUCGCAGAAUUUGCCGGCAUUCUGGUUCACUAGGCGUUUUGUUCUCUCGACUUCGUCAUUAUUCCUAACAGCGGCCGGAAGCCGAAAUACGAAAGACAAACAGCGGCGAUUCUCAUGCCUGAGUGCGGAAGAAAGGUCAGCAUCUAUUUGCAUUCCACCAAACCAACUGCCGGGACAGCAACUCCUUCCGACCUAAGUGCAGCGCCUGAGGACAAAGUGGGCUGCUGCGAUUCUGACAAGUUAAAUCUGCCGGCUGAAAGUCGCCGGCUUCUGAUCCAGGCAGACGCUAUCUGUCACGACAGCAGACUCCAUUGUGAGUAAAACAAGCAAGUGAUCAGGAGACAUAAAUCACUGUUUUGACCUUCUCGUUGGCGAGAAAUGAAACAGUUUUUCACAUACUCUUCUGGAAAUCUGCUGUUGAGUAACAUGGAGUUGGAUAUCAUGACCAAGUUAAAGACACCAAUGGCAAUUCUCUGCCGCACCCGUCACCAAAGCCUGAGUUCAUGUCUUAGCGCUGGCGAGACGAUGCCCCUGAUAUACAGUAGGUGGGCUAACUCAUGAAAUGUCAACCGAAAUUCCGAAAUGCGCUUUCGUUUCGAAAAAAAUGUUAAAUUGGGUUUUAAAACUGCAGAGUCUGUAGAACAAUUUUAUAAUAAUUCUGUUACCUAAGGAUGCUGGCUUUCGAACGAUAUUCUUUUCGGCUACUUAAGUAGCGCGCAUUUUUCUCAUUGGUUUUCGAUUACCUUAAAUAUUCAAUUAUAUUUCAUAGAAAACCGGCCUAAAAAUAUUCAUUAUUUUGCUCAUCCGGUAGAAAGUGGAGUGUUCCUUUAAUUUGAUGCUCAACCGAAGGAAAAAGUUCGGUCUUAAAUAUGGCUUAAAUCCGCUGCAAAAUUUAAUAACCACCAAAUGGUUUCGUCUUAAUGCCAUAGAGAAAUGCAUGGUUUUCCGUACGCGGAAAAUAUAGUGCUUGUAAUUUUGAAACACUGAAUGCAAGUGAAACGGCAGGUUGGGGUGCAACAUUUAUCGGGAUUCAUAAGAUUUUAAAAUGCCAAAUUACGCCCUUUCUUUAAGUAAGGAAUUUGAAUAAGACGUAAAGGUCUGCAUAAAGAGCAAAAGUAUGAAUAUUUUUAUGCAUAUCUUCUAUGAAAUAUUAUUUAAUUUCUAAGGGCAUCGAAAAUCAAUGGAAGCACUGCAUGCUUUUAAGUAAUCAUUUUUUGCAGAGCAUGAUUUUGGCAUGCAGUCGUAAAGAGGCUCAUUCGAAUGUCGGCAUCCUGAGAUAAAUUAGUUAUUAUAGGGUCACGCAGCAUUAUAAGAAGUAUAGCCCUCCAUGUUAAUUGAUAUUUUCGGGACGAAAUCUUAUUUCGGAAUUUCAUUUGACAUUUCAUAAGUCAGCAAACCUACUGCAGAUAAUUUAAGAACCGUGUAACUUAAUGUCUCAGUUUGGCGAAAACAGAAAACCUUUUUGAAUUUAAACAUUCUUCUAAACUGCACCAUACACAUAGCAGCUGUUAAUUGGAAUCUUGAACUGUAAUUUCAGUUGAAAAAGACCAUUCGGUUGUAGUUGCAAUGGUUAUAUGCUCGCUUGGGUUUGGACAUACCAGCAGCUUCGAAAUAGCGUCCAUUUAGCAUAUUCUCAUAUUGCUAGUUCACACACAGUCAAAAAUGUCUUCCAGCUAGCACUUCUAGGCCCAUAGGUCUAUUCCUGCAGAAUAUUUACUGAUAAAAAUACUAUGGGAGCCGCCCCGAAUUCCACAACUGAUCAACUCAAUUAUUAGGCAAACUGUCAAUUUCCUAGCAGCCCUCAAUUAUGCAGUGGACUACAGUAGCUGGCUUAUGUGACGAAGUGUUAAAUUUGAAAAAUAUAACUUAAAUGGGCUUGCAGUAUUGACUACCAUGCUGCCUAAUCCCAGCGUGUAUCAAUCAUGCCAAUAAGCACACUAGGUAUUUAAUGGUCGCUUACGUGGUAAAAACGUUUCCAAUGACAUUUCGAUUGACCUAUUAAUUACAAUAUAUGUUGAUAGAAGCGAACUGCUACCUCCAAUAUGUUUUGUAGAAAGCAUAGUUACAGAGCAUGUCUUUGACAAAUGUUGGGCUCAAAAUGAGGUUAUAUUUCGAUUUUAAAAUAGUUUGCAAUUAUGAGAUUUUGAAGACGGUGAAAUGUUCAUUCGUGGGACAUCCUCUCUCUAUCUUUAUUAGUGGUACUUACAACAUUGUUUCCGCCCAAUACAAAAUUACCUGAGUCCCAAAUGACGUAAUCGUAAUGGCCCGGAUAUAUGCAUGAUAGCUCUCUCUUAGAGAGUACCCAGCAUGUAGUUUAGAAACCCUAAGCACUAAUGGAAUUACCGGUUGGAGUCAAAAUUAUUCAUAAACCAAAAUGAUUUUAACCGUUUAAAAUGCGUAUUUUCGAGUUCGAAAUUCGAAUAAUCUGUCACAAAAUAAGAACAAAACAAAUAUUGUUAAGCAUGUUUUCUGUAAAAGAUCUGAGAUAUUAAUGACAUCGUAAGUUGAAGGGAAAAAGGCAUACCAGCUACGUAAUCAUUUAAUACCGGGUGUUGUUUUUGCAGGUAGCCGCAAGAAACGUACUCAAUUAACGGCAUCCUAUCGUGACUGAAACAACUUUGUCUAUUACGCCAGAUAAUCAAUAUUACAACCCCUAGUAAGUGGUACCUUUUCAUCGGAUUCACAUUUCAAAAUAUUGGUUGACAAUUCGUGAAAUAUGCCACCUACUGUAGGUCGUAGAUCCAAUGAUCAUGACAGGCAGCAAAAUUUGUGGCAGCCACUGUCCGUAUAUGUAGACCUGUCAACAUCGAAAAGCUAGUCGUGGGAUAUUUUUCAAUUCAUGCGAGUUCCCAAUGUCUUAGCACAUUAGAUGACAAGACUUUGAAGGUGUUGGCAUCCGCCAUAUGGGUGGAGCUACGUAAGGCAGCCAAAAAGCGGGCAUGCCGAUUCCAGAAAAUUUGCUAGUCUAAUCGUCUGUGCCGUAUACGGGUAGCUGUUGCUUUCUAAAGAACCCGAAUUAAGAACUCAAAAAGGAUAUUAAAACGAGGGAUUACUGCUUAAUAGGUCCCAAUUAGUGCAGAAAAUGCACACAACUGGCCGUGGAGAUUAAAGUCAUAAGAUCUGGACAUUCAAAUUUUGGAGAAGUACGCCAAAUGUUCGCAUCUUAGCUUGUGCAUUAUACUCAUCUGCUAUCAUCUAAUGCUUUCACUGUGGGUUAGGUAUCUGACCAUGUAUAAAUUCCAUUUCAAAUUUCAUUCUAUUUACCUAAACCGUUUCUUUAAAAAUUUUAAGCAUUUUGUCCCCGGCACGAAGCUGAAGUAGGCAAGCAGGGCAGGAUUUAAUGGUACAAGGAAAUUUCGCAACGGCUCGUCAGCUGCGUCCUGUCGCUUCAUAAGAGAGAUAACGAGUAAGAAGAAUAAUUGGGAGGGAAAUAACUUGCAUUUUUUGAGUUUUGUACCCAUACAAUGGAAACGUAACUUGGUAUACGCUCUUGUCCAAAGGGCUAGAAAAAUGUGCUCCAGGGACACACUGAAUGCAGAAUUUGCACGCCUCAAGGAAGCUCUAAUUGAGAGAGGAUAUCCUGCACGUUUUAUUCACAAACACAGCAACACUACACGGCCAAAACUAACAGAACAUUCAGUUCCGAAAAAAACUCGUCUUUACAUCUUUGCCCUUUAAGGGCGAUAAUAAUUUAAAUACCAUCAAACGACGGCUGCAUUCCACCAUUGAAAGGACAUACAAUGCAGCCGAAAUCGUAUUAUGCAGUCCUACUAAGCCACUUCCGAUUCCACGGGCAAAGGAUGCCUUGCCAAUGCACGCCACUUCAAAUUAUGUUUUCGAAUUUACAUGCAGUUGCGGAUGCAAGUACAUUGGGCGAACGCAAAGGCAGUUGGCAGCCAGGUUUAUUAAGCACCCGGCCAGAUGGCUCCUAAAGCAAGAAUAUAAAAGUCCGCGUUCCUCCAUUACGAUACAACUGGUUGAUAGUGGUCACUCUGUCGACUCCAAAACGUUCUUCCGAGUACUUGUUUGGGCAUGAACAAUUUGGCAGCCUAUAUACGACGGGUACAACCAGACCUUUGCAAACAGUCAGAACACGUGGUUAGUCUAACAUGAUUUCUUCUUCCCCUCUCACUUUUUGCUCGUUAAAGCUUCCCGUUUUUCACUUUCUUCCCUACGGUGUUUGAGGUAACAACUUUAUCGAUUAAUCAGCCUUACACAAGACCAUGACCUUGCUGAUUCUGCAUGGAUUUUCUGCACGAAUUCAAAUCUGUUGUAUUCGUCCCACUCGUUAUCUAUGUUAUGAAGCGACAGGACGCAGCUGACGAGCCGUCACGAAAUUUUUUGGUACCAUUAAAUCCUGCCCUGUUAAACCGUUUCUACAUCAGUAGAAAAAUUCAGGUCACCACAAGCACUAUGAAGCCUUCCUAAACCUCAUAUCUGCGCACUUUUUAUCUGGAAGUAAUCUAGCAGAUAUCUCACUUUGCCUUAGCAUUUUACAGUAGCAAAGGUAACUGACAAAUCAUUGAGCACUGGGCCAGGUUUAGGGCGGUUCCCUUACGCCCUCAGGGCAGAAAAUCAGGAAAUAGGCUUCCAGGUACACCACAGUACGUUUGUUAUGCCUGAUAAAGGUAUUUAAACCAAACGCACACAGUGUGAGUCGACAUUGCUUCGCCAGAUCCGCUACACCGUUCCCCUUUUUUUACAAACGGCACUCAGCUCUGACUAGUAGUCUGCAAAAAAAUCUACAGAAAGGCGGUUUGACAUUUAAACAAGCAUGUUUGCUCGAAUUUUUUAAAAGUCGCCUUCACGUUAGAAGACAAAAAUGACGUCUUUACUCCAGUAGUCGCAGUGACUGUUGCAUACUUUCCGUCGAGAUUUGUUAACGCGGAUACGGAUUAGAAAGAAAGGCAAAUAUCUCGAAUUGUAUUUUCGGUGAAACAAAGAUCUUUGGCGGCAACUGUAUGUACAUUUGAGCUCGAUCUUAAUAUGCACCCAGCAGAGUUACUGGGACAGAUUAGUUUCUCUUCUAUUGAGGGACUUUAAAUCCAUUAGAAUGAAAUAAAUCACGCAUUUCAGUUAACUCUGCGAGGCAAAUUCAGGACUGAUAGUCUUUGGCAAAUUUCUAAGAGGUAAUCGAAAAACCAGUUAAGUGGCGGAGGACUUAAUGUAUUGCAAAACCGGGUAUUCGCCAAAAGCACACACACAUUAGAAACUGGGGUGUAGAUAGGGAAGGUACGUGGAGAACACGGAAGAACCCUCCAAUGCCCGAAAUUCCCGCGCCUGUAUCGAGCAGGAACAUCGAUCGGCGGGAAACAGGUCUGUGCAUUUAGUCAGCACCCGAGAUGUUCUCACUUUUAUCGGAACCACACCUUAUCUAACCAGCCUCGAUGAUGUCGGAAAUGGCAUCUCUCCACGGGUGAUGAUCUGUGGCGACGGGUGGGAAGAGCUUGACCGACUUUCCCCUCCAGCGACAGACAGAGAGAAUACCGAAGGUCCUUAAAACGUUUCGUGUCUUAACGAACUGUUUCGAGUCGGGAGUUAAGUUGGCCUCCUCUUCGACUUCUUCAGGUGGAUAAGAGGGUCCGAUCAAGCGUAGAAACACGGAGCCCAGGAGGUGAACGACGAAGAAAGUGACCAAAUCACCAAAGUCGCUUUUUGGAGAGGUUUGAACCUGCAGUGUCACCUGAAUGAUAUGAUAUGACUAGUUUCCUGAGGUAAUUUUGUUUAUUUACCUAAUUUAACUACCCGCCAGAUUAUGAAGAAGAAGAGAGCGCAAGCAAACCUCGAAGCACGCGCAGGAAAACGCGUGUGAACCGAUGCAUGGCGUAACCAAAGGUGACGUGUACACACUCUCACCGUGACACUGCCACUCGGUGGAUGAAGAGGCUGAGGAUGGCGCAAUCACAACUGGAAGACCACGGAGGCAACCGUUUGUUAAGUUGCAGUACAUGGCUGCCAUAGUGGAAAAACGGAGUUCCGCACCGUCCGAAUACUUCCAUUAGCAAGCCUAAUUAGCCACUUACUUGGAUUGAAAUAAUAAAGACGGUGCAAGCGGGGCUCGUAGGACGCGCAGGCAAGCGUGUGUUAACUGAAAUCCGAUGUACGACAGGCUGGCUUAUAAGCACUCUCCCAGGGCGAGCUAAAAAUAGCACAGAGUGCGCAGAACACGUCACAGUGUCGGCGUAAUUACAUCUACUAGAAUUGUUUAGGAAACCAACCAUAUAGCAUCAUAGCUGCAUAGCUGCAUCAUAGCUGCAUAGUCGAACCUCGCCGAUAGAAGAACGUGAAAUGUUGUCUGGCCAGUUUCUUGAUUUUUCACUAUAAAUUUAAUUAUGGCAUGCAGUUUACUCACAAUAAUAAAUAUUUCUUUGACCUUCUUUCCGCUAGUAGCAGUCGCAACUUUAGUUUCACUUGCUUGCUUUUUGUUUCGGAACUUAAUUUAUCAAAAUCUUAUGCUCGUUAUUUGGUUACCUUAGGAGACCUUAUUUCUGACAUUCCUCAACAAAAUCCAGUGAGAAAAUGUAGAAAAUUUCUAUAAAUUUGUUUUCUUGCAGUCCGCUCACCACAAAGCAGUGUCAUAAUGAGGACUGAAAUGUUUAAAAACGUUUUGGCAGAUGUUGCGUCUAUUAAGACGUGGUAACAUUAGUUACAAAUGUCUCUUUUGAUGGAACAAAAGCCAUCAUACGUUCGCAUGCAUCUAUCACUAACAGGUCGCUUAAAAACUCCAAAAAUAUUCAUUUGCCGUUUGAUGAACAAUUCUAAAAUUCGACGGAGUAGUAGUGGGCCGUAGCGACAAAGCGACCUUAGUGUGUGGUCUGUGCGCUAAAAUCAUCAGGCCAGAUUCUGUGCUGUGGGAAAAAGUAGAAGUCUCCAGAAUGUGCAACGUUUAUCCUGCACAAAAACCCUAGGUGACAGUGGCCGCUGGCGAAGCCAGGGUUGGUGAUGACUACGUCCAGUCCUGUCUGCGAGUCCCUGAGACAGUGGUGGCAGCGACUUUUGUGUGCUUAUGGGGCAGUCAAAAGUUGUGUCUGUUGCAUUUUCUGAGGGGGGAGGGUAAUGUUCAAGGGGCUUGUGUUGCAUUCCUUUAAAUAGACCGAAUUUUUCGCGCUGCUUGGUAAAUUAUAUUUGUUGGUGACAAAAUGACUAUCACCGAAAAGUUAUUUUCAAGUAUAAAUAGCCUACAUGGUUUGUAUGCAUCAGUCGACGCAUCGAACUGGAUUCUGCGUACAAAAAUCGCAAGGAAAUGUGGAAAAGGCGUUAGUUAAUCAGAACAUGAUACGAACAGUAAAGACUGGUUGACACGAGUGAGGCGGCAAUGCCGAUUUUUAGGCAUGUUUAAAUUUUAACUGUUCGCAAACUUGCUUUACGUCUGUGGACGACUUGUGGAACCAAAGUUAGAAGAUUUAUGGAAUAAAUAGUGAUAUCUUUUUCAAAGUAUUUUUUUGAAGUAUACUUCUUGGAUGAAGUCAUUCGUGAGCGCCCAUCUGUCAUUAUAUAUAUAUAUAUACAUAUAAGUGGUGGACUCUUAUUAACAAAGAAUCAAGGGAAACUGAAAUGACCAGUUUUGGCUUGUUUGCCGUCGUCAGCCAGUCAUACCCAUGCACCAUGUGUGGAAAACCUCGGGCUCGAACUCGCGACCUGUUGGUUAGAAGCCCAACGUCCCUAACCACUGGGCCACGGUCGCGUUGUCUUGUCAGUUUCGAUCGGGAGUAUACGACGGUAUAGUGGCGCUUAUUAAUCGUUCUUACGCAAUUCACUUGUUCCCUUUUGCCCUACGGGCUCGAGGGAUGGACAAUCGGUUUUUCGAUGUACAAAGACAUCCAGCAAGGGGGAGUUGCCCAUCAACCUCUGUUUAGGAAGUAAUCGUGUUUCCUGGAAUUAUAGAGUUAAUUUUGGUAUGGAGAGACCGUAAUGCAGAAAUUAGAAAGAAUGGCUCUAACCACAGUAAACCCAAAAUUUUGGUUGCGAUAUUUAGAUGGCAUUUUUGUCACCAUCAAGAAGGGUCAGUUGAAUCCGCUCCAUGCCAAAAUGACCUCUAUAUUUCCAGGAAUAACGUUCACUUUCGAAACAGAGGUUGAUGGACAACUCCCAUUCCUGGAUGUCCUUGUACAUCUGAAAACCAAUAUAUCACUUCAUACGUCAAUUUAUCGUAAAGAGGCGUACUCCGAGGUCAUUCUACACUUUGAGAGUAACCUCCCUGUCUCUCAACAGCAGAAUACAGUCUACAGCCUUCUGAAUAGAGCCAAAACCCACUGCUUUGAUCAAGCAGGUUAUCUAGCAGAAAUGAAAUGCCUCUACAAACUGUUCUCCCAAAAUGAGUACACCGAUGACCUUAUACGUCAAUGCAUGCGGCACCAGCAACUCAAGGGAAGAGGUAUUUCCAAUGCUACGGCCGCACGGAAACCAAAAAUAAUCACAUGCCGAGCUUUCCCAUACGUGAAACAUGUAUUGGGACUGGUCGAAAGACAGUUAAAAAGUACCAGAUACACGUAACACAUCAACCGGCAACUACCUUAUGCACACAGCUUGUUCACCCUAAGGACUGGGUUGGCUACCUUAAAAAGGUGUUUUCUACAAAAUCUCAUAUUCUAGUUGUGGUGCCGUCUAUUGUGGCUAGACUGAGAAAUCUGUCUCAACCCGUAUACAUGAACAUCAGUUGGCGGUAACGCGACGCGGCAGUCUAUCCGAAGUGGCCAUGCAUACACUGGACGCAGGGCACAAAUGUGUAUGGGAAAACACUCUCCUUGUUGUCGCCUGCCCGAUAAGGAAGUCUCGCGAAUUCCACGGAACAAUGCACUCAGAUGAGGCAUGCAUCAACCGGUAUAUCGAUCUAGAUGUCAUAAAAACAAUCGUUUAGGGCAGAUUCUAAAUAACUUAACCUAUCUCGAGAAGAUGACUUUAAGCAAUCAUAAAAUGCGUUGUCAGACUCGGUCUAGAAGUUAAUUGUUUUGCGCGCCCAUUGUACAAAUACGAGUUGGGGAACCAGUCUCAACAAUGUGCACAAUAGCGUUUACUGCUUUCCUAAGAAUUCCGUCGUCCUAAAUAUAUACAUUUAUAUAUAUAUACGCGUGUGUGUGUUUGUUUAUAUGUUUUACCUGUCCGCCUAAAUGGACCACGUGCGUGUGCGCACUUAUAUGGUCCAUUUGAAAUGAUCUAGUUGUUCGCAGUAGCCAAAUGUUAUUUUCCUGUCAACCAGAGCAAACUGACCGAGCCGUUCAGGCGGCAGAAGGGGUUAAACGUGCGUCCAACAACUAGGAGCUGUCCAGCGAGAGAUGAGCGCGCAAUUAUGUUGUUGCUUCAUUCUUUUAUUUCCUUUCUUAUCGUCAGUCUAAUCAUGCACUCUAGGACCUUCACAAUGACAGGCGAUUCCUGGACCUCCUCAUCUGUGGUAAAAAUCGCCACAAAAACGUUAGUCUAUUCUCUGUUCAGCUUUGUUUGCCUUAUUUUGUCUAUUACUUUGUCUUCGGAGUUACCCAGUUCGCCGAAUAGCACAAUAUCACAUUCCUCAAAACGCAGGACUGUCUAGGAACUAGAAUGAAUUUGACAGCAGCUUGUCCCCCCCCCCCAAAAAAAGGGCACUUGUCAUUUUAUCGAGGACCAAAACAUUUCUGACAAUUCGUUUAGAACGCAUUCCACCUUUAUAUGUGUACCAUUUGAUGAAACAAUAGACGCCAUAUAUGCGCAUGCGUCUAUAACUCGUUUACCUAAACGGCCGCAUAGCGUGCCAAAACAACGCUUCCUGAAUGUUUAGACGGUUCUACAAGCAGGAUGAUAGAGCAACAAUGUUCCAUUGCUUGGUUAUGUUUUUGACUAACGCAUGUGUAAGCACAGGAUAGUCGUAAAGCAGAAAAGCCUACGCAUAAGAUAUGUGGACGGUAAAAAUCCCCAGCACAUUUUUCGAUUCACCCGGAAACGGUAAUGCACACAUACUUGACCAGAGUUGACAUGAUAUUGGCGACGUUGAGAGAUUUGCGUUGCUGAUUUGAUGAUAGGACAAAUUCUACACUUCAACUGCAAUCAUCUUCUGUCUCAGAAUAGUAUAUAUGUCUGAACGACUGUACCUUAAGAACCUCUUUGCAGUCAGUAGUUAUCCCAGAUAUGUUAUCGAGAGAAGCAGAGGACGGCCAAAGGAGGUGCAACCCGAGGUAUGUAGGGCGCUUCCAUACGUUGAAGGGGUCUCCGAGGUGGCCUCUCGAUUGCUACAAUCCGUCAGAUAGACAUAACCCAUUGAUCCCAGAGAACACUACAGCGCAGUCCGACGCAAUCUAAGGACACACUGCCACCCGCUGAAAUCUCAAAAGUCGCCUAAAAAAAUCGUUGCAAUGAGGGCGACUGCAACUGUGCUGGGGAAACCGGACGGAAAAGGCAGACCCGCCUACAAGAGCACAAACCGGCGAAUCGGAGGCUAGAUACAGACUCUUAACUAGCAGCGCGCGUUGGAGAACCUGGGCAUAAUUUCGAUCACCGGAGUAAUACAAUCUUAGGUAGGGAUAACACAAAAGCAAAACAGCUAACGCUCGAGGUUUAGUAAUCAGAAGCCUACUUCACCAGCAGCCAUCUGAACCUUCCUGCAGCUAACGAAGUCCUACGUUUUCGCCUCCGUAGAGCUCAGGACCAAGUAACCACACUGGACUUAAGAAGGUCAAAUAUAGACAGGCCGACGGCGAGUCUACUCGGCGAGGAAGACUAA